CAUGGAUGAAGCCUGCAUACCUCUCGCUUUUCAGCAUCUUCUGGUUUUGACAUGGGCUUCCAACACAGCUGAGAAGGGAACCUUAAGGAAUGUCAUACAGUAGGUGCUGAGACAACUUGCACUGAAACGAAUAAAAAAAAAUGGCAGUCCCGAUUUGAAACGAAUUAAACACGCAGACUCUCACUAAUCCUAAACCAUGUCAAAAAAAGGUCGUAGCAAAGGCGAAAAGCCUGAGGCACUGCUUGUCGCCCUGCAGGCUGCCAAUGAAGAGCUCAGGACCAAGUUAACAGACAUUCAAAUUGAGCUACAUCAAGAGAAGUCUAAGGUUGCUAAACUUGAGAGGGAGAAGACUCAAGAAACCAAACGGAUCCGAGAACUGGAGCAACGCAAGCAGACUGUGCAAAUCACUGAACUCAAGGCGAAACUCCACGAGGAGAAGAUGAAGGAGCUACAGGCAGUGCGGGAGAACCUAAUCAAACAGCACGAGCAGGAGAUGACCCGGAUGGUCAAAGUCAGAGACAGUGAAAUCCAGCGCCUCAAGUCAGCACUGUGCGCUUUGCGGGAUGGGAGUAGUGACAAAGUAAGGACAGCGCUGACCAUUGAGGCUCGUGAAGAGGCCAGGAAACAGUUUGACUCUGAGCGCCUUAAGCUUUUGCAGGAAAUUACUGAACUAAAAUCUGCCAAAAAGCAGGUGGAUGAGGCUCUUAAUAACAUGAUCCAGGCAGACAAGAUCAAAGCGGGUGAUCUUCGGAGUGAGCAUCAAUCCCACCAGGAAGCCAUCUCUAAGAUCAAAUGGGAGAGUGAGCGGGAUAUCCGCAGACUGAUGGAUGAGAUCAAAGCUAAAGACAGAAUAAUCUUUUCCUUGGAGAAAGAACUGGAGACUCAGACGGGCUAUGUACAGAAGCUUCAGCUGCAGAAAGAAGCUUUGGAUGAACAGCUCUUCUUAGUGAAGGAGGCAGAAUGUAACAUGAGCAGUCCCAAGAGAGAGAUCCCAGGAAGAGCAGGGGAUGGCUCAGAGCACUGCAGCAGUCCUGAUUUACGCAGAAACCAGAAGAGGAUGGCAGAGCUGAAUGCCACAAUCCGGAAACUGGAGGACAGGAACACACUACUUGUAGAUGAACGAAAUGAACUGCUGAAACGUGUCCGAGAAGCUGAAAAACAAUGCAAACCUCUCCUGGAAAGGAACAAGUGCCUCACCAAGAGAAAUGAUGAAUUGAUGUUGUCCUUACAGCGCAUGGAGGAAAAACUCAAAGCUGUCACUAAAGAAAAUGUAGAAAUGAGAGAAAAAAUGACAUCACACCCUCCUCUAAAGAAAUUAAAAUCUCUCAAUGACCUGGAUCAAGCAAAUGAAGAGCAAGAAACUGAGUUUUUAAAGCUGCAGGUUAUAGAACAACAGAACAUAAUUGAUGAGUUAACAAGGGACAGGGAAAAGCUUAUUCGUCGAAGGAAACAUAAAAGAAGUUCAAAGCCCAUUAAGAGACAUGUAGUGGAUACAGUUUUCGGGUAUGAUGAUGAUUCUAUGGACUCAGAAACCUCAUCCAUGGCCUCAUUUAGAACAGACAGAACACCAGCAACACCAGAUGAUGACCUGGAUGAAAGUUUAGCAGUGGAAGAAUCAGAGUUGCGAUUUCGACAGCUAACAAAGGAAUACCAGGCUCUGCAAAGGGCAUAUGCAUUGCUCCAGGAGCAGACAGGGGGCAUCAUAGAUGCUGAAAGGGAAGCCAAGGCACAGGAGCAGCUCCAGGCAGAAGUCCAGAGGUAUAAAGCUAAAAUAGAAGAUCUGGAAAAAACAUUGGCACAGAAAGGACAGGACUCUCACUGGGUAGAAGAUAAACAACUUUUCAUUAAGAGGAACCAAGAACUUUUAGAAAAGAUAGAAAAGCUGGAAGCAGAAAACAGCCGCUUACAGCAGGAGCUUCAGGAUGCACGAGACCAGAAUGAGCUGCUGGAGUUCCGGAACCUCGAGCUUGAAGAGAGAGAAAGACGGUCCCCACCAUUUAAUCUCCAAAUCCACCCAUUCUCAGAUGGUGUAAGCGCUCUCCAGAUCUACUGUAUGAAAGAAGGUGUGAAGGACGUCAGCAUUCCAGACCUCAUAAAGCAAUUAGACAUCUUGGGGGACAAUGGGAAUUUAAGAAAUGAAGAGCAAGUGGCCAUAAUUCAAGCGAGUACUGUACUAUCUCUGGCAGAAAAGUGGAUCCAGCAAAUUGAAGGAGCUGAAGCUGCUCUGCACCAGAAGAUGAUCGAACUGGAAAGUGACAUGGAGCAGUUUUGCAAAAUAAAAGGUUAUUUGGAGGAAGAAUUAGACUACAGGAAGCAAGCUCUUGACCAAGCAUAUAUGAGAAUCCAGGAGCUUGAAGCCACCUUAUACAAUGCUUUACAGCAAGAAACGGUGAUAAAGUUUGGGGAACUACUAACAGAAAAACAACAGGAAGAGCUGAGGACAGCUGUGGAGAAGUUAAGACGGCAGAUGCUGAGAAAAAGCAGAGAAUAUGACUGUCAGAUUCUUCAGGAGAGGAUGGAGCUUCUGCAACAAGCCCAUCAGAGGAUCCGAGAUUUAGAAGAUAAAACUGACAUCCAAAAGAGACAGAUCAAGGACCUGGAGGAAAAGUUUCUGUUUCUAUUCUUGUUCUUCUCUCUUGCCUUUAUUCUUUGGCCUUGA